AUGUCGUCUUACAUUCUCUACACUCCGGCUACAACCAGCAUUUUCGCUCCCCAGGUAACCACGUACUCUGGAUCCCAGGCAAAGGUGCCCCCUAAUACUCCACCGCCGCCUCCCUCCCCGGUCAUCCUCCCAACCACUGGGGGCAUAACGUAUUACGUCGGCGGCGCCGCCUACCCUUAUUCUUCUUCUUCUUCCCCUCCGUCACUGCCGCCGUCGUCUCCUCACCCCGCCUCGGCCCUCCUCCCUCCAGCAAUCUGCUUCGGCGUCGCGGUGCCGACCCGGCAGACCCGGCAGACGACGGUCACGACCGCGGCGCUGCCCGGCGGCGGGACCGUGACGUGGUGCUCGGCGCCGGCGUCCCUCCCCGCUGCUGCUGCUGCUAUUUCGACUAUUACUGCUGGUGUCGUCGGUGGUUCUCGGGUGGUGGUGCAGAUGGCGGGCGGGCUACCGUUGCGACUCGCGCCUUGA